AUGGCUUUGGAUCCUUCGCUGCGCGAUCGAGUUGACCCGGAAGCUGACUUAUUUGACUGGGAAUUCGAUACGCACGGGGAUCGAGAGUGCCUGGCAGGCAAUGGAGGGAAAAGCUGCAGAAAAUACUUCGUUCAUGGCAAAUACAAGGUAGAAGAAGAGGAGAGCUAUUAUGAUGAUUAUACGAUUCCAGUGGAAGAAUCCAUAAUAUGGGGUACGAUUGUUCCGACACAUUCUGGUCGCAUCCUUUCUGCUUUUUUUCAAACACACCAUCUAUGGACCAAGGAAAUGCUCCUUUUCAGAGGUAAGCCGGAGUUUCUUGGCCUGAAUAAAGCGCCUUUUGUGUUGGAACGCCUUGACAGACCGCUUCAGCUCAGAAUUCUUGGCCUAUCAAUGUUGGAAACCAAGAUUUACAUCUACAAUAACAUGCAGAAUGCCCAGAAAGAUUGUGCUGGGGACACUUGUUCGGAGCUGUUAUGUCAGAUGAACCAGAACCGCUUUGAAAAGGGCGAGGGUUGGCCCCUUGGUUUAAUGGGGGGCGUUUUGGCCAAUAAAUAUGAGCGUCUUGCUAUGCCGUUCUGUAGCCUAGAAGAGAACAAUGUGAUGCACGCUGGUGAAGAGUUUACAAUGUUGAGCUUUCAUGGUACAGUACCAGGUGCUCCACCGCCGAUUCCCGGAAAGUCGAGGAUGCACUCUGUGCUUUAUACCAAAGUGGGGCCUCUUGAUCCCAACGGUCACAUAGUGCCAUCAUUCCACUUCAAACAAAAGGAGCUGACGAUCGGCAUGUUUCACAUUCCAGAAUUUGUCAGUGCUGCUGCUGCGAAUUGGAUUAACGUCGUUCGUACAGGAUUUCAUUUCAUGGUCUGA